UACAAAACCAGACGCUCGGCUGUCUCCGUAAAAUUCCGACGAGCAAGAGAGAGACUAGCUACGCGAGGAUCGCCAAGUGUCAUUCAGGAUACCGUGUCUUACGACUAUACUGUACAUGCAGGAAACAGUUCAGUGACAGUAUGGCUGAGGCGCCGGAAGAAGUUCACAUGCAGAGUGCCGUUGUAUGCGACACUUGUGAAAAUACAGCACAACAUUUCUGUAAUACCUGCCAUGAUAAACUGUGCACUAGGUGCAAAGGCAUUCACGCUAAAAGCAAGUCUUCAUUCGACCAUGACGUCACACGGUUAACAUUUGAUUCGCUAUCGCUGUCUGCGGAAUUGCCAUCCCCUCAGGUCUGCAGGUCACAUCCGGGUUCCCGUGCUAACGUCUGCUGCAGAAAAUGCGAGAUCCCAGUUUGUGAAAAAUGUCUUAUUGGUGAACACAAUGGUCAUCAGCUGGUGGGUACCCAAGAGCUGUUUCUAGAAAAGAAAGAGAAACUGGAACAGAAAUUUUCAUUUUUGGAAUCCGAGUUGCCGAAGUACCAGACGAAACUGAAGGAAAUCAAGGAAAGUGAGGAGAAAAGAAAUGAAAGGCAAGAAUUAUUAGAAAGCGAAAUCAUUGCUCACAUUGAAGAUGUAAAAUCCAAACUUGAAAGCGAGAAGAACCUGUUAUUGAAAAGAGCAAAAUGCAAGACAGAAAUAGAAAAAAUGGCACUAAAAGUUCAGGAAUCACAAGUACUGGGUUACUUGCAGAAUAUUCAAUCAUUCGUGACCGACUUUAAAGAUGAUGCAACUCGACGAAAUACCUUCAUUCUCUACACCAACACCGCCAUUGGGCCUACUGUGCCAGAGCGUUUUCCACAUUUCCAGUUGCCGUGUAUUCCACAGUUCUCAAAAGGCACCCUAGACGAAAAUUUAAAGGACAAAUUGUUGGGAAGAAUUUGUCUCAAUACAGAAGGCAUUCAGAUUCAAGAUUUCAUGGAGUUGGAGAGCAUCCCAGCUGGCAUUGGAGCGAUUGAAUCUCUCGCUUAUCAAUUAAAUGACGACACUUUCUGGGUUUUCUCUCAGGGAGAAGCAUCUUACAAAAAAUGUAAUAGAAAUGGAACUGUCAUAUGCAAUGUUGAUACAGAAGCAGCUAGAUUAAUAAACAAACCAAUCUGCGUAUCUUCUGAUGGACAUAAUGUCUUUAUGAGGACGGACACAAGGAAAAUCCUACAGUUAAACCAAGACAGAGAAACAGAAUUUGUUAACGUUCAGUCUGACCUACCAAUAUGCAUUUGCUCUAAUAAAGAUGACGGGUUAUUGUUAGGAAUGGUUGACAUGGCUGUAACGGAGGGAAAAAUCUUACGAUUGGAUAAACAGGGGGAAUGUACACAAGUAGUAAAAGAUUCCCUUUUAUUCCAAUACUUAAUGUCCACACAGGAACCUCGUCAGCCAAUCUACAUCGCUGAAAACAUCAAUGGCGACAUCUGCAUCUCGAACAAGGAGGUAGAUGUUUUCAACAGAAAUGGUGAUUUCAGAUUUUCAUACAAUGCCAGAGGGAGAGAGAUAUCUUCAUUUUUACCUCGUGGGAUUUGCACUGAUAUUCUGGGACACAUUCUGGUUGCUGAUAAAAACAACUGCUGCAUUCACAUUCUCGACAUAGAUGGUCAGUUUUUGGGGCUGUCAGUCAUCCAAGGACUGGAAGAUGAAAGUCCUGUUACGUUGACUAUCGAUGUCAACUACUGUCUAUGUGUUGGAUGCUCCGACGGGAAAAUCAGGGUCUUCAAGUACAUUGAAUAGACUUGUCUAUAUUCUUUAUUAAGAAUACAAUAUGCUACAUUCUAUAAUUAUGAAUGUGAGCUCAUUUUGUUACCGUAUACAUGUAUUACUGGACUUCUUCCCAGUCUCGCAAUACAAUAUUCUUAGUGUGGGUCCAUUUUAGUACGUCUUGUUCGCUUACUGAUACCGGUGAAUUAUUCUUGAUAACAAAUAUUUCUCAUAUCUACUGACAGUAAAAAUUCAUCAAUAAUUGCUAAUACCAAUAUAUCAAAUUAUACAGUAUAUUUAUGUACAUGUAUUGAACAAUUCGAAUUGCUGGUAUUUUUGAUACCAAUAGAUUUUUUUAUAUCA